AUGAAGGAAUUGGUGCAAAUUUGGAAUAGGGUGACCGGUCGCCAGUAUUCCUCUGUUAAUGUACAGGACAAAGAGUUGAGGGAAUUGAGUAAUAAUAGAAUAAAAAAGGGUGAUAUAGAUACAUCGGUGUUCGAAGCAAAUCUAUCAGAAUGUGAGGGUUUAAAUAACAAAUUCAACGAAGACUACCAAUUCAACGAACGUGAAGAACAAAUCAUAAAUCGUCUCUUCACAAGACGAAGAAGCUCUCAAAGUAUUACAAAACAACCGAAUCGUCUCUUCAUCUUAUUCAUCAUCGGAUUAUUGUCUCUCAUCACCGGUUUCCUGAUAUGUUUCCUUCAUCCAUACGACGCGAUUUUCAGCUGGAAAGUCGUUCUGUCAGAUGGUGGGGAGAUUUUCGAAAUGUGGCGUAAACCACAGGUGGAAUUAUACGCAAAAAUAUACUUAUUCAACAUAACAAACUCAGAAGCGUAUAUGUCGGGUGUUGAUACCAAGUUGAAAGUCCAAGAGGUCGGCCCAUACGUUUAUAGGGAGAUCUUCGAGCAUUCUGAUGUAGUGUUUAAUGAUAAUGGUACAUUAAGCACUAUACCUAAACAUCCCCUAGUGUGGCAGCCUGAACUAUCUGAAGGAAAUAGCGAGGAUGACGUAUUAUAUCUACCGCAUAUAGCAUUAUUGUCAAUCGGUAAUGUUGUAUCUGAGCAGAGUUAUUGGUCCCAAUUGGGAUUGAAUCAACUUAUAAGUGUCACUAAUAGCCAGCCGAUAGCAAAAAUGACGGCCAAAGAAUUCAUGAUGGGGUAUGAAUCACAACUCAUGACUUUAGGGAACACAUUCCUACCUGGAUGGAUCUAUUUCGAUAAACUCGGUCUCAUCGAUAGGAUGUACGAUUUCAACGGCGACUAUGAGACUAUAUUUACUGGCGAAAACGAUGAAACUCUCAGUGGUUUGAUAGAUACGUAUCGAGGAUCGACCGAUCUGCCGCAUUGGAACGGCAAACAUUGUUCCAAUGUGCAAUACGCGUCCGAUGGCACUAAAUUUAGGGGUUCAUUAACCUUGAACGACUCGAGCUUAUUCUAUAGGAAGAGUUUGUGCCGAGCCGCGCCUUUGGUCCCAGUGGAAGAAGGUAUCAAAAACGGCUUCAGAGCAUUCAAAUACACAUUCCCAGAACAUAUGCUUGAUAACGGAAAAGUUCACGAAGAAAACAAAUGCUUCUGUAGACUAGGUAAAUGUCUUCCGGAAGGUCUGAUAGAUGUAACUGAUUGUUACUACGGCUUCCCAAUAGCUCUGUCAUACCCUCACUUCUAUAAGGGAGAUGAAAUUUUGUUUAGCAAAGUGGAAGGACUCAAACCCGACGAAGAAAAGCAUAAUACUGAGUUUUGGAUCCAACCAGAUUCUGGUCUACCACUGGACAUCAGUUCCAAAUUCCAGAUCAAUAUGGCGCUUGGAGAUCUAUCAAUGAUAACUAACGCUGGGAAAUUCUCUAACAUGUACCUACCGAUGCUGUGGUUUGAUAUCAGAAUGUACACACUGCCGCCGUCUAUGGAACAGAAGUUUAAAAUAUAUUUAAACAUACUACCGUUCAUAGAAAAAUCAUUGAUGUAUUUAAGCUUUAUAUCCGGCGUGACACUAAUAAUGGCGACAUCAUACAUGAUGUUGAAAUUAAUACAGAAAACAUAUAGCAAUGGAAAAAAUACUAAAUUUAAUUGGAUUAAUGCUAAUAAUAAGGAUAUUUAUUCCCCAUGCGAGAUACCUAUGAGUGAUGGGUCAUGUGACACACAUAGAACAGAUAUGUUUAAACAGCUAGGUCAUAGGUUAAGUGACAAAGUUCAAGGGUCAGUCAACAAUGUGAUAGAUAGCUUCCAAAACAGAAAGGGUUCUUUGAUAGAUAAUGAUGAAUCAAGUGAUAACGCAUACAAAAGUGACUCAACAUACAACGGGGAUUCCACCAAGUAUCAUGAGAUAAGACAGAGUGACAGUGAUGAUGAUUAUUACAAGUACUUAGAGGUUGUAGAUGAUGAGUUCGGUGAUGAUGAUGAUAAAAAAGACACAUACAUACAUAUAAACUGA